GUUCUGGAGGAGCAGUCAGUAGUCGCAUGCCGCUGCUCUCCCUCUGACUGGCGUUUUCAGGAAACACGUUACUCCAUUGAUGAACGAACUGAGAGGACAGGCACUACCUAGUCCUGAAGAAAGGUUACUGGCCUCUGUUUUCACUUUCCCCAAAGAAGUUGCCAGACCGUGUGAGUUUCUCCAACUGUUUCUGUUCCUGGGCAGAUUCUCCCUGCGGCUCAGGCACUGACCGGCGUGUGAUACUCUGAGCAAUGCGUCAGUCACCAGCGACAACACACGCUCGCUUCUCCAUCCCCCACAUUGAAGAAUUCGCAGAAAGCCCCCCCUAAGCUUCUGUCUUGCUAUUUAUUUCGCCCGAGUUUGACCUCUCAGUAACUCAUGACGGAUAACUAUAUGUCAUUUUAAUUGGAUAUCCUUUUAUAAACAUGCUUCUGCUGUCCGCUGGUUCUGGAGUUUCUCGCCCAGGAAAUGAUCUGUCUUCAAAUUCAGCAGUAAAAUGGAGUCUCAAUAACCUUGUUCAGUCUUCCCCCUCCCCAUUUUAGACUAUUUUAUUCCCGGUCCCUGAUUGGAAUAGGCACAGUGGAUUACCAGAAUGUUGCUCAUCAUUCUCUCCAUCUCCCUGUGUUUUUCCUGGGUCUCUCCCGACAGCAAUACCAUUACUACGGCAUUUAUAGCAACCUCUGGUAUUGCUGACCUACCUGAGUAUUUUGGUGUAGCAAUGAUCAAUGGAGUUCCUGUGACCCAUUAUGACAGUGAUGCCAGGCGGACAGUCCCCCGGCAGCAGUGGAUGAUGGAUUCUUUUGAUGAUGAUUACUGGGAAUACCUCACAAAUCAAGGGAAUAAACUUUCCGCAAUGGCUAAGGAAAAUCUCAUCACAAUAAUGAAGGGGACAAACCAAACAUCAGGAAAGCAUAUUUUGCAAUGGAUAAGGAAUGUUGAGGUGUCUGAAGAUGGCUCCGUUAAGAGAACAAUGAAUGUUGCCUUUGACGGAAAGGACUACAUUAGUUUGGAGUCGAACAGAAUGAGAUGGGUCGCAUCGCAUCACAAUGCAGUGAAAACAAAAGAGAAAUGGGAUUCUGACGAAUCCUGGAACAAGUUUUGGAAAUGGCUGAUGGAAGUGGAGCUUGUUGAACGCUUAAAAUCACGUUUAAACAUUGGAAAGGAGCAUCUCAAAAGGAAAGUUCAGCCUGAAGUGUUCAUCUCCAGGAGUGAGCCCAAUCGUCAGGACAAGCCGCUCACUCUCUCCUGCCUGGUCACUGGAUUUUAUCCUGUAGACAUCGAGGUGACCUGGCUAAGGAAUGGAGAGGUCAUGUCCGAGACACAAUCCUCAGGGAUUCGACCGAACCACGAUGGGACUCAUCAGAUCCAUAAAGAGAUUGAAAUCAGUGAUGGGGAUGAGGAUCAAUAUUCCUGUCAGGUUGAACACAGCAGCAUGACAGAGGCUAAGCUGCAUCAGUGGGAAAUUCCAGAAAAUAGUGUGGGAUACCUUCAUCUUGGAACCGUAACUGCAUCAAUGAUCAGUGCACUGGCUGUUAUUGUCGGGAUAAUGGGAAUACUCUUCUGGAUUCAGCCAUGGAGAGCUCAACCCUCUCUAGGAACCAGGCCCACGCUCCAUCAACAGGAAGUCAUGGACAAUAAUGUGGAACUGAAACUGAUGAGCAUAUCUGAGCUCGAGCUCCAAAUACAACCCUUGCAGAGAGAGUCAAAUGGUCCACAUGACCUGGAGCAAGGGAGUAAUGCCACAAAUGAAGAAGAGCAUCCAUCAGAAGCAGACAAAUUAAACCCUGCAGGCAGUGUUCCAAUGAUCUUUCAUUCCCUGUCUCUGAUGGAAUAGUGGAUUCCCAGAAUGUUGCUGAUCCUUUUUUCCAUCUCCCUGUGUUUUUCCUGGGCAUCUGCUGAGAACAAAAUCUUUACUGCAGCUUUUAUAGCUGUCUCUGGCUCAACUGACCUACCUGAGUAUUUUGGUGUAACAAUGAUCAAUGGAGUUCCUGUGACCCAUUAUGACAGUAAUACCUGUCAGACAGUCUCCUUACAGCAGUGGAUGACAGACUCGUAUGAUGCUAAUUACUGGAAAAUUCUCACAAAGCAAGGGAACGAACAUUCUGCCAAGGCAAGGGAGAAUCUGAGAAUGGUAAUGAAAAGUACAAACCAAACAUCUGGAGUGCAUAUUUUGCAAUUCAUAAGGACUGUUGAGAUCACUGCUGAUGGCUUCAUUAAGAGAUCGAUGAAUGUUGGAUUUGAUGGAAAGGACUUUAUUAGUUUAGAAUCAGACAGAAUGAGAUGGGUUGCAUCUAAUCACUUUGCAGUGAAGAUCAAGGAGGAAUGGGAUUCUGAUAAAGCAUGGAACAAGCACUGGAAAUGGCACUUGGAAGAGGAACUUGUUGAGCGUUUAAAGUCACGCUUACACUUUGGAAGACAAUAUUUUGGAAGGAGAGUUCAGCCUGAAGUGUUCAUCUCCAGAAAUGAGCCCAAUCAUCAGGACAAGCCGCUCACUCUCUCCUGCCUGGUCACUGGAUUUUAUCCUGUAGACAUCGAGGUGACCUGGCUAAGGAAUGGAGAAGUCCUGUCUGAGACACAAUCCUCGGGGAUUCGACCGAACCAUGAUGGGACCCAUCAGAUCCAGAAAGAGAUUGAAAUCAGUGCUGGGGAUGAGGAUCAAUAUUCCUGCCAAAUUGAACACAGCAGCCUGGCAGAGGCCAAGCUAUAUCAGUGGGAAAUCCCAGAAAUAAACAGAGCAUGGUCCCAGUUUUCAAUAAUAAUUGGAUUAGUCACUGGACUGGCUGUUACAUUUGGGAUAAUCAUCUGGAAAAGGCCAUGGAGAGCUCAUCCCAUUCUGGAGACAAGGCCCACUCGCCUUCAGCAGGAAGUCAUGGACAAUAAUGUGGAACUGAAACUGAUGAGCAUAUCUGAGUCCGAGCUCCAAAUACAACCCUUGUAGAGAGAGUCAAAUGGUCCACAUGACCUGGAGCAAGGAAGUAAUGCCACAAAUGAAAAAGAGAGUCCAUCAGAAACAGACACAUUAAAUCCUGCAGGCAAUGUUUCUGAUGUAAACACAGUGCAACAUCAUCUAGAUAGCAAUGUUACAGAGUUCUUAACCACCAAUGAGGAACAAGAGUCAAUACAGAGUUUGUUGAAACAGCACAAUCUACGUUGAGAAAGGUCCCUCUUCUAACUGACUCACACAAGACUAGUCUGUGCCCCACCCCUCCCCAGAAUUUGGAGGGACUGACAGUAAUUGCAUGAGACAUAGAAAUUGAAAUCGAUGAGGAUGGCGAGCUGUGUUCACAAGGGAAAGGAAGGUUUGAUCACAUUUACAAUUGUAUUUCAGGAGAAGCUAUUCACAAAUACUGAACUGGAAAACAUAUUUGUUAAGGUUUGCAAACAGUGAGAGGAGAGGUUCUUCACAAAGAGACCUUGAUUGGAAAUUGUGCAGCAUGGGAGGUCCCACAUCGAAAUUGGGGAAUGUCUCUGAUGCUCCAUGCAAAGGACAAAGGCAGUUUCGAUGAGUGUUACUGAUGUGUGUAGCACAAGUGAUGAACGUGCUGUGCUCCCAUGCACUGAAUAUUCUGCAGGGAGUUAUCAUUUGGGUAAAGGAAGCUCUGAAGGAAUUCACACUUGCAAGUAGUGAGUAUUCUCUGCUUGGAAUUAUUAGGGUGUUUAAGGAGAAACUGGGCGACACGUACCAC